GCUGAAGAGUGGACCCAUCAUGGGCCCUUCGAGGCCGCCACCACGCUGAUCUUCAAGAGGGUAACGACAAACAUCGGCGAUGGAUACGACUUAAACACAGACAUCUUCACAGCCCCCGUGAAGGGACUCUACUACAUCCGGUUCACCGGCUGCGUCGGAGACUCUGGGUCCCUGAACGCAGCGGUGAUGUAGAACGGCUCCAACGGCAUGACCCUGGUCCUGGAGCAGGGGGACCAGAUCUCGGUCACCAUCUGGACCGGGAACAGCAUCUUCGAUCAGAGCCGACUCAGCACCUUCAGCAGCUUCCUCGUCUUCCUCUGGAGACCUUCAGAUCUUUAUUAAAUCAUUAAUAAUAAUAACAUCAAAAUAAAGCUCAAAGAAAUUAAA